AUGGAGCCUGAAGGGAACAUAAUUCACAUGGAUGCUUGGCUGUAUAAGGCAGCGGCAGAAGGCAACAUUGAAGUAUUCAAUAAUAACCAGGGGCUUCAACUUGAGUCGCUAAAGACCCCAAACCAUUGCAACGUGCUUCAUGUUAACUUGGCAACCCAGGAGAAUGCUGCCUUCCUUUUUAACAUAUUUCUCCCAAUAAUCAAAUUCGUCCCCUUACUAUAUGGAUGCUUCUUUCCGCCUAUGCGUGAUUUAAUUACUAAUAUAAGAGGAGAAAAAAGAUCAGAUUUUAUCGAACAAAUUCUUAGCAGGUGUCCGUCACUGCUACUCCAAACGAAUGCUAAAGGCCAAACUCCUUUGUACGUUGCAGCAAGGUAUGGACAUUCUGCUAUUGUGAAACUUCUAAUCAAGUCUUGUGCAAAAGCUAGAGAUGGAUAUUUAGAGAAGCUGGGAAUGGAUCAAGUAAAUGACGUGAGGGAGAUGCUGAGGAUUACGGAUCAGGAAUCCAACACGGCUUUACAUGAAGCAGCACGAUGUGGCAAUGUUGAAGUGGUGAAAGCAUUGUUGGAGUUUGAAGACCCUGAUUUUCCGUAUUCUGCCAAUAUAAAGCAGGAGACUCCACUUUACAUAGCAGCUAGGAGAGGAGACAGGGGCAUGCUGAGGAUGCUAUUAGAUAAAUCGAAAUCAACAGCUCAUGGCGGCCCCCACGGUAGAACAGUUUUGCAUGCAGCAGCUAUGGCUAGAGAUGCAGAGGCAGUAAAGAUAAUAUUAGAGAAGAAGGGGAAUUUGACAAAAGAAAGAGAUGAAGAUGGACACACCCCUCUUCAUUAUGCUGUGUUGGAACAUUGGCAGCAGCAACACACAAACAACUAUGAAUUUGCUUAA